AUGCGCGCGGAAUCGCGCGCGCGACUGACGGCGGACGACGUCGUCGUCGUCGUCGGCGGCGGCGUCGCCGGGCUCGCGCUCGCGUCGUCGCUCGCGAGGGCGAGGGACGGGACGCGCGGCGCGGCGGACGCGCCGACGUGCGUCGUGCUCGAGCGCGACGGCUCGAGGGAGGCGCGAAGGCAAGGGUACGGGGUGACGCUGAGCGAGACGAACGCCGCGCUCGCGGGGCUGGGCGUGGGAGAGGCGCUGCGAGCGCGGUCGUGCGCGUCGAGCGCGCACUGGACGUUUGCGGCGAGCGGACGCGUGCUGGGGUACUACGGAAACGCGUUCGCGGCGACGGCGGGGGGGAAAGGGGACGGGUCGAGCGCGGGGGGGGCGAUGGGGAAGCGACCGAUGAAUCUGCGCGUGCCUCGCGACGCGGUGCGGAAGAUUUUGUUGGAGAAGAUUCCCGAGGCGUGGAUUCGGUGGGGGACGCGAGUGGUGGAUUACGCGGAGGACGACGAAAAGGUGACGGUGACGCUGGACACCGGGGAGAAGAUCGAGGGCGCGAUAUUGGUCGCGGCGGAUGGCGUGCGAUCGGGAACGCGGCGAGCGCCCGGCGCGGGCGCGGAUUUGAAGUCUGGGGAGCUGCGCUACCUCGGCGUCGCGCUCGUGACGGGAUUUACGGAUUUAGACGACGCGUUGUUGCGCGGGCAAGGGUUUUAUACCGUCGACGGGCGGUCGAGGAUGUUCACGAUGCCCUUCGAGGCGGCGAACGAAGCUAAGGGCACGCCGCCGCGAAGCAUGUGGCAACUGAGCGUGCGCGUGGACGAGGAGGAGGCGCGCGGAUUGGCAAACGCGCCUCGCGAAGACGUCAAGGCGUUCGUUUUAGAGCACACCAAAGGAUGGCACGAUCCGGUGAGCGCGAUGUUCGACAACACGGAGUGGGAAGACGCCUGGGCGGGGCCGCUGUACGACCGAGAGGAGCCGCCGACGAGCAAGGCGCGAGCGAAGGAGACGCCGCACUUGGUCAUGCGUAGCUCGAGCUCUCGAGUGAUUUGCAUAGGCGACGCCGCGCACCCAAUGUCGCCGUUUAAAGGUCAAGGCGCGAACACGGCGCUUUUCGAUGCGUGGGCACUGUCAAAAUGGUUACGCAAGGCGCCGCCUCAGACCGCGUUGGCGUGCUUCUACCGCGAGAUGGUAGCUCGAGCGUUCGUGAAAGUGCGCGCCAGUCGAGAAGCGUGUGAAACGUUUCAUAGUCCUAGCAUACUCACCGAACGCAUCCCAGAGUUUGCUGGGAUCGAUCCGAAAAAAAUCAAGCUCGUGCUCGACACGCUGAACGAGCGAGGCAUCGCGGCUUCGAUGUGCGACGAUCUAGAACCGGCGGUGCGACAGGUUGUCAACGAACUCGGCGCCGCAGAAGUCGUGAAACCGUACGCGGUGAAGAAAAAGUACGCCACGACGGCGUCCGAGGACGAUCGCGGCUCGGAAACUGGAUCCACGGCAAGCGAUGCGACAAAUGCGUCUUUGGCGUCUUUUGCCUCGUCGGCUCUGUGCGGCGCGUUGAGCGAGAGCGUCGCCGACGCCGUAGCUUUGGCGUUAUCGCGUUCUAAUCAGCCUCCACUCACGACUGCUGAGCGUGAAAUUGUCGGGAAAUGUCGAGUGAGCGUCAAUGGGCGCCGUCCCGCGAACAAUUACGCGAGCAGUGCGCCCAUUCGAUUACUGGCCGCGAGAGGCGUGGCGAGAGUCGUCAACGGCGAAGAGGCGAGAUUCGCUCGUCAAAUCGCAGACGUCAUCAAUGAACGACAAGCGGCCCGAAAUCGCGAAGAUACCGUCGAUGCUAUCGUUGAUGAUACCGAAGAUGAUUAUUUCAUCUCCGCCAGACCCAUGUCUGAUGGUAAAGUGUUGCUCACGACGAAGAAGCACGACGAGGCGCUGACGUCGCUCGGGUUGAAGCAAUGCGAAGGUUGUUUGAAGUACUACGCCGUGCACGGCGGUGGCCUGCGGCAACAUUGGGAAUCUGGAGGCGAUAGUCCCGAUUGCGCUUCCGCAGCGCAGCGCGCGAUGUCGUGCGAGAACACAGAGACUGAAUCCAGCGCGUGGCGCGGCUCAGGCGCGGGGAAACCCAAGGCGUGGCGCACGGGUGGCAACCGCAAAGAGCUUUCGCCUGGAAUGUCGGCCGCGUCACGUGGAGAUUUGCUCGGCAUGCGUCGAGCGAUCGUAGAAGAUGGCUGGGACCCAGUAACGGAGAAGGAUGCCUUCGGGAGCAGCGCUCUGAUGUGGGCCGCGGGCGGCGGUCACGUGGAGGCGUGCGAAUUUCUCGUCGACGAAUGCGGAGUCGAUCCCAAUCACACCGGCCGCAAAGACGGUCGAGUGCCCUUGCACUGGGCCGCUCGUAACGGCGAACUCGAAGCGUGUCAGUGGCUGGUGAGUCGAGGCGCGAAACCAGGGGUGGCGUCGUAUGACGGUGACUUUCCUUUUCAUUUGGCGAUUUGGAAGAAUCAUCGAAACGUAGCGGAAUGGUUCGCGUCCACGCCUGGCUUUGAUUGCGGGACGACGAACAGAUGGGGGUGCAACGCCGUGUUAUGGGCGUGUACCACAGAAACCAAUCAAGACGAUGCGCUGAGCAUGGUGAAAUGGCUCGUCGAGGAUCUGAAGGUGGACUUUUCUGUCGUCAACGUCAACGGCCACUCGGCGUUGCACAAGUGCGCGAUUUACGGCCACGAAAGUGUGAUCGAUUACUUGCUUGAAUCGAAGAUUGAAUCGACAAAACGGGCAAAAUUCAUCAUACCGGAUGAUAGAAACCAAGCGCCGAGCGAGUUGGCGCGCGUGAAUGGAUUUUUAGAGCUCGAAGUCAAGCUUCGACACAUGGAGGAUGAGACGCUGCGACUUCCGGCGAUCGUCGAACCGUCCAGAGAUUCAUUCAUUCGUGCCUAG